AUGUCUAUGUUUGAAAUUGGUCUAAUGGUUAAGGAGUUAAGGUAUGAUGGUAUAGUAUUAUAUCACUAUGAGCUUCCCAACUCUUCUUCUGUAGAAAAGCUUAUAUCUGAUGAAGAUGUUAUGAAAAUGUGUGAAUGUGUGCCAAGAGUAAGGGAGAUAGAUAUAUUUUUGACACAGUUGGCUGAUGACCCUUAUACCUUUUUAAACAAACACAAACAGAUUGAGCUGCAAAGGGUGGAAGGUUCCGGGGUACAAAAACAAAGGUCAGUGGUGAUUGAGGAUCUAGGAUAUGCUGAUUGUAGUCCUCUUGUUCCUUAUAAGACAAAGAACAAUGUUGAGCAGCCAACUAAAUAUCCUAAGCCAUAUAAGGUGAAGAUAGUGGAGCAAGAAGUGAAUGAUGUUGGGGAUUUUUCAGAACCUAAGGCACCAAAGAAGGGAAAGGGUAAAACAGUGGGUAUGUCUUCAAAGGGUAAAGAAGUGGCUGAACCUGAGGUACCAAAGAGGGCAAGGGCUACAAAGUCUUCAAAGGGUAAAGGUAUGUGGAUUACAAACCAUGCCCCAGUUGAAGAUACUUUUCGGCCUCUUCAAGAUGAAGAGAUAAAUAAGGGUGAAGGUGUUGUUGUUAAUAAGGGUGAAGGUGGUGUCCGUAAUUAUGACAACUUGGCAAGUGGGGACCAACCUUCACAGGCUGGUCUAAGUGGGGACCACCCUUCACAGACUAGUCAAAAUGAAGACCAACCUUCACAGACUGGUCAAAACAGGGACAAGCCUUCUCAGACUACGGAUUUUCACUAUACAGAUCUUCAAGACACCAUAUUAGAAUUGGAGGAUCAAGCAGUGAAGGAUGAGUUAAGAAGUGUUCAUUCAUAUGAAGGUGAUGAAACAGUUGCAGGAGGAAAAAUUCAAACACUAUAA